AUGGACGCACCCACCCAGCCCCUUCUCGCGGGCUUUAUGGCUCUCCGCGACAACUCAAGCCGGCGAGCAGUGUUGAGCGAGAUACUUGAUAACCUAAAUUCUUAUGAGAUACGAGAAGUGAAGAGCCGAUUCGAAACGAUGACAUUCCAAUGUGAUUUGCUGGACAAACUGCCUAUUGAACUGGUGGCUAUGUUAGCAGAGUACUUGAACCUAGCUGAUCUUAUUUUUCUGCGAAGAGUCUCCAAACGAUGGCGUGAAUUGCUCUCUUCAACCAUCGUCGUCACCACUGCAGUCAGGUAUCAUAUGGGAAAAAACGCCAUCAAGCCCGAUUUUACCCCUGCUGAUUUUGAUGCGCUGAUUAAAAAACGAAUUCGAGUGGAAAGGGGAAUGCCUGCUGUUGUGGCUACAAUCCCUAAUAGCUUGUCUCUCGAUUUUGAGAGCGAGCCGAACAGAGACGGGAUAAGCUGUCUCAAUGGAGUAUGCGCGUGGAUUGAAGAAUCCACAGAUCGAACUACUAUCUUCAUGGUGCACCUACCAACCGGCAAAAACAGAACCCUCACGACAGCGAAUCGAGAGGAAUUUACUCAUGUCCAGGUCUCGGACACCUUGGUCUCAGCAAUUUCUGUUCGGGGGUACUGUCAUGUCUGGAACAUGGCCAAAGAACAGUACAAGUCCUUUCGCAUUCCUUCACUGCAAUUUGCUCAUUACAUAUCCAUCGGAUCCAAGGUCAUGCUAAGCUACGCGGAUUCCGUAGUCCACUUCUGCUUUGACUCUGGAGUCGCCCGUUCCAUCAAUAUCGGGCCGUUCAUUCUUUUGUUGUCAGUACAUGCAGAGGAAGAUGGAUUCUCCGUCGUUUGCGUCCGCAGAAAAAAUGGAAACAAUAUUCAGCCAUGGAAAGAUGGUGACUUGUUUUGGGAAGAGCAUCAUUUGCAGACCCAGAAAUUUUCUGUCCAUGAUAAUAAGUUCAUCUGCAUCUGGGAGCAAUAUAGAGAGCUUCCUUUCAGACAUGACGAAUUAUGGGGGUUUCAAUGCGACCCAGAAGACACAACAUCACCAUACAAGGAGUGCUUGCGCCCUGGCCAGAGCUCUGCUUUGCUGGAAUAUCAUACGUUGGAGACUUAUAGGAGUCGUUAUCCUACGGAUGAUCCUCCUCUGCGAAAUAAGUUUGAAUUUGGUUCACUUUCUCUUUCACUCGAGGCAGAUGAUCAGAUUACUGUGCAUUUCCACCCCAACGAGCUGGACUUCAGGUAUCCUCACGCCAAUCUAGACUAUUCAGCCCGGGGCCCGGGUUUGAUUUAUUGUUUUGGGGAGUCCCGCUUCUCAACAGAAAUGGAAUUGCACAUUGGCUGCGAAUUCUCAGAGCUCUCGCAUGUCCGCGACGCUAAAGCGUGUCGAUUCAAAUCCAUGCACACAGCAGUUUUUCCAGCUAACCGGUCAUGCACCUUGGUUUUAGGGGAUGGAGACUUCGUUCUAUUCCCUUCGGGUGACAAAAUCUGGAUCUGGUGUUUUAACGAGGCAUGGCUCCCCUCUGGUAUCCCUAAUAUGAGGAUUGCAACUUGGUGA